AUGGGUCAAUACGUGGGGCUCGAUUGGACUCCUUCUCUGGCUGCGCUCAAACUCGUCCCCCUUCCUCCCUCCCCAUCCCCCAUUCCCCCUCCUCGUCCUCCCCCCCAUCACUCCCCUCCCCUGACAGAAGAUGAUGCUGAAAGGAUUCUGCACCGCCUUCUGUGGCUGGCACUCAUACAUCAACAUGAUGGGCAAGAGGAUCAAGACGAGCCUCGUCGGCAACCCUGCUGGCCGGUGGCGGAGCUAGCAAGCAGUGCUUGUGCUCUUGCGGUCUGCCCCUCCCAGUGUCCCCCCAACUGUGCCUGUCUACCUAAUUGUGCGGCAUGGGAGCUAGCGUCCAGCUUUGCGGCGCCCAACAGGGACAAGGGAAUGGAUGCGUUCGUCUCCACCUUCGCGCACGAGCUAGCAGAGGCCACUAGCGACCCUUACCUCUCCACCUUCGCCCAUGCUCACAGCUAUACGUUGCUCCCUUUGCUCUCUCCCCCCUUACCCCCCCAUCCCCUUCCUGCUCCCUCAGUGCCUGCCCAGCCCAACUGUGCUGCAUGGGAACUGGCAUCUAGCCUGGCAGCGCCCAACAGGGACAAGGGAAUGGACGCACUGUGCCUGCCCAACUGCGCAGCGUGGGAAUUAGCGUCCAGCCUGGCGGCGCCCAACAGGGACAAGGGAAUGGACGCGCUGGUCUCCACCUUCGCCCACGAGCUCGCAGAGGCCACUAGCGACCCGUACCUGUCCACCUGGAUGAAUGAGAAGGGCGAGGAGAACGCUGAUAUGUGCUCCUACAGUGAGCUAGCAGUGGCCACCAGCGACCGCCACCUCUCCACGUGGAUGAAUGACAAGGGCGAGGAGAACGUCGAUAUGUGCUCUUACAGGUGUGUGUGUCUACAGGUGCGGUUCGGUUUGUUAUGGUGCAGUGCGGUUGAUGGCAUGAUUGGGCUCGCAGAGACCACCAGCGACCCCUACCUCUCCACGUGGAUGGACGAGUAG